AUGUCGUCCCCGCUGUCGCCGGCCGCCGAUGCAAUGUUGAAUUCAACGUCGUCGGCAUCCAGCUCCGCCAGCGGAAAGUAUGAGGAUGCCUACGAUGACAUGACUAGCACGCCAACCACGGACGUUUCGCAGCCAGAGGCCUUCAGGCCGCCGUCGCGAAUAAGAACCGACGAUGCACGCUUUAACCAGGAAAACAUCUCGCCCGCCAAAUCCCGCCACAGUCGCAUUAUGUCAGGCACGGAGCUGUCACCGCUCAGGAUUGUGGAGAGCCAGAGGAGCUCAUUGGACGGCUCGCUGCUCAAGGUGAGUGGUGGAGGGGUACGCAGCCCACGCAAGGUGUCGCCCGAUCGACGGUUCCCUGUUAAGAUCAACCUUUCGGGCGGCGACGUGAUAUCGCGACCGACGUAUGAGCAGUCGUCUCCGAGCAUCGACGAGGUGGUCCAGGACAGCAACGGACUGAAGAAGCCCAUCUCCAUUUUCGAGGACGGCCAGCGGAGCAUCCGGGAGGAGGACGAGGACAGCAGGGCGGGCAUGGACGACACCGAGAGGCACCAUCGCGGCGACGCGACCGCCGGCGACGAGGACUUCAUGGACGUCAGCGCUUUUAGCGCUUUUUCGGCGGUGCCCAACAUGGCCAUGCUCGCAAAGCUUGGGCAGACGCCCAACGGACGACGCGAGGCAUCGGCGAAGAGAGCCCACCACACGAUGGAGGACGACGGCGGCAACAGCUCCAGCCUCCUCAUGGACUUUAACGAGCGGCUCGGACGCUCACAGAGGUCUUCUCCCGCCAGGCGAGACGUCCUGUCGCCUUCGCGAACCACACCAAACCUACCAUCGACGGCGACUCCCAACCGCCAGCUCUCAAACCUCAUCGACUUUGACAUGACGCCCGGGGCCACGCCCAGAAGCAUUCCGUCCAUCACGCCGCGGGAGCUGGAGACUCUAAAGUCCAACUUUUUGUCUGAGAUUUCUUCGCUCAAGGCGUCGCUGAGUGGCAAGGAGGCAGAGGUGCAGUCUCUCAAGACGGCCGUCACGGAUGCCGAGAAGCGGGUGGGCGAAUCGAUGGAAAGGCUGCGCGAGGAACGUUCCCUGAAGGAACAGAUGGAGGGCGUGCUUCGCAUUGUGAGAGAAGAGAUCAUCGAGACGCAGAGAGAGAAGGAGGACCUGGAGCAAGAGCUGGAAGAGAGCGAGAAGCGACGGGAGGCAUCGGAGAUGAUGCACCAGGAGGCGGAGAGCAAGCUGGCCGGUCUGCGCGCUGGCAGGGAGAUGGAGAGAAACGCAUCUCCCGAGAAGCCCAAGGACACGCGAGAGGUGGAGAUUGCCGUGGAGCGAGUGGCGCGAGAACUGCACGGCCUCUACAAGAGCAAGCACGAGACCAAAGUCGCAGCGCUGAAGAAGUCGUACGAAAACCGAUGGGAGAAGAAGGUGCGGGAGCUCGAGUCCAAGAUCCAGGGACUGACGAUGGAGAAUGAAAAGCUGAGGGCUGGCCAAGACUCCACCAUGACCAUGGUCGACCAUUCCGAGAUGGAAGAGUGGAAGGCCCAGUCCGUACGCGACAAUGCCAUGAUCAGGGAGCUGGAGGCGGAUGUUCAACGACUGGAGGCGGUCAUCUCGACAGUGCGCCGCGACAACGAUGAGCUGCGUGUCAACCUGCAGCAGGAGAGAGUCGAGAAGGGAGAGUUGGUGCAGCUGGCGGAGGAGCUCAUGGCCAUGCAGAACCUUGCGUCUGCAACUCCAGCGCCGCAGCGCCAACAGCCUGCACCACCGGCGGCCCCUCAAUCGCCACCGCCUCAAUCGUCCCUGCGUCAGCCAGAGCGCAGAGACUCGGUGUCCAAGAAGCCGGCGCUGGAGCGGUCCGACUCGACCAAGACAGCGAGAGCGAACCCGAACCGCAUCUCCGUCUCCGGACUCAGGGCGCCGGGGACCGGCCUCCGCCCGCCGCACGAGCGGGGGAAGAGCAGCAUCGGAGGGGGCCUGCCUCGGCCGGGUGGCGCACGGGGUAGCGGAAUCUUGAACUCUAUUGAGAAGAUGGGCAAUUACAGGGGACGCGAGUGAUUUGCGAUUUUAUGGUAAACCCAUGUUUGGCCCCGUAGGUUGAAAUGGAAUGACAGAGACGGAAACGACGUUAACGGCCCCCCCUAGCAUAGUGACGAAGGGAAAUGAUAACCAAAAGACGGGGUUUUCUUUCUUCUUGUUCACUCACACUCUCUUCUUGUUUUUCUUGAGUUUUUAGAAAGUCUUUCUUUCUUUCUUUUCUUUCUUUUCUUUCCUUUUUAUUUUAUUUAGACCACAUGGUCUUGUUUUCUACGAUCCCCCUUUUCUCUCACUCUCUUCUACCUACUUUCUUUCUUUCUUUUUUUUUUUAGGGUUGGAUCUGGACGGGAAACGGAUUGGAGAGGAAGUAAUGAAAUUGUAUGAAAGCGUGCGUGGUUGUUUUUCUUUCUUUUUUUUUCUUUUAAAAACUUGAAGAAAAAUUGCUGCUUGCAUGUUUUUGCAUGGGUUGUUUUUUUCUGGUGAUGAUAUCCUGUUUUUUUUUGUGUGAAAUGAGUGAGUUGUGUGCGUGCGUGCGCUACACACAUACUGAUGGGAGGCUCUUUCUACUUUCUUUCCUUUUUCUUCUUCUUCUUCUUCUUUUUGCCUCUCUUUUGGGGUGGGGUUAUUAAUUUAGAUGAUGAUGAUUUAUGCUGAUGAGAAUGUUAUUUACUUGUUUUCGU